CUUCCGGGUCAGUGGUUGCAUCAGAUUCUGAGAACUAUCUGUCGCCACAGUCUCGGGUCCGGGGUUCCCAGCGAUGGCAGGUUCCUGCGGGGAGCAGGCUCCUGACUACAGGUCCAUUCUGAGCAUUAGUGACGAGGCAGCCAGGGCCCGGGCCCUGAACGAGCACCUGAGCACGCGUAGCUAUGUCCAGGGGUACUCACUGUCCCAGGCAGACGUGGACGUAUUCAGGCAGCUCUCGGCCCCGCCCGCUGACUCACGGCUCUUCCACGUGGCUCGGUGGUUCAGGCACAUAGAAGCGCUCCUGGGCGGCCCCUGUGACAAAGGCGAGCCCUGCGGGCUCCGAGCAAGUAAAGGCCGGCGAGUGCAGCCGCAGUGGUCCCCUCCGGCCGGGACACAGCCUUGUAAACUCCGCCUUUACAACAGCCUCACCCGGAAUAAGGUCCUACAUCUCUUUUGAUAUCUUGAGAAGAGUGUUGAAGGAUUACUUCAAAUUUGAUGUCUUUUAUUGUAUGAACAUUACAGAUAUUGAUGAUAAGAUCAUCAAGAGGGCCCGACAGAACUACUUGUUUGAGCAGUAUCGGGAGAGGAAGCCCCAGGCAGAACAGCUCCUAGCAGAUGUCUGUGCCGCCCUGAAGCCAUUUUCAAUAAAGUUAAGUGAGACCACGGAUCCUGAUAAGAAGCAGAUGCUUGAACGGAUUCAGCACGCAGUGAAGCUUGCCACAGAGCCACUCGAGAAGGCUGUGCAAUCUAAACUCCCCGGAGAGGAGGUCAACAGCCGUGUGGAGGUAUUGCUGGAAGAAGCAAAGGAUUUACUUUCAGACUGGUUGGAUUCCACGUUUGGCAGUGAGGUGACUGACAAUUCUAUUUUCUCCAAACUGCCCAAGUUCUGGGAAGCAGAAUUCCACAAAGACAUGGAAGCUCUGAAUGUUCUCCCUCCAGAUGUCUUAACCCGGGUCAGUGAGUAUGUGCCAGAAAUCGUGAACUUUGUCCAGAAGAUUAUGGAUAACGGUUAUGGCUAUGCGUCAAAUGGGUCUGUCUACUUUGACACAGUGAAGUUUGCGUCUAGUGAGAAACACUCCUAUGGGAAGCUGGUGCCUGAAGCUGUGGGAGACCAGAAAGCUCUUCAAGAAGGGGAAGGUGACCUGAGCAUCUCAGCAGACCGCCUGAGCGAGAAGCGUUCUCCCAGUGAUUUCGCCCUGUGGAAGGCCUCCAAGCCAGGAGAGCCAUCCUGGCCUUGCCCCUGGGGAAAGGGCCGUCCGGGGUGGCACAUCGAGUGCUCAGCCAUGGCGGGAACCCUGCUGGGAGCCUCCAUGGAUAUUCACGGAGGAGGAUUCGACCUCCGGUUCCCCCACCAUGACAAUGAGCUGGCGCAGUCGGAGGCCUACUUUGAGAACGACUGCUGGGUCAGGUACUUCCUUCACACAGGCCACCUGACCAUCGCAGGCUGCAAAAUGUCAAAGUCGCUAAAAAACUUCAUCACCAUUAAAGAUGCCUUGAAAAAGCAUUCAGCACGGCAGUUGCGACUGGCCUUCCUGAUGCACUCUUGGAAGGACACGCUGGAUUACUCAAGCAAUACUAUGGAGUCAGCGCUCCAGUAUGAGAAGUUCAUGAACGAGUUUUUCUUAAAUGUGAAAGACAUCCUUCGUGCUCCUGUUGAUAUCACUGGUCAGUUUGAGAAGUGGGAAGAGGAAGAAGCGGAACUGAAUAAGAACUUUUAUGACAAGAAGAUGGCAGUUCACGAAGCCCUCUGUGACAAUGUUGACACCCGCACCGUCAUGGAAGAAAUGCGGGCCUUGGUCAGUCAGUGCAACCUCUACAUGGCGACCAGGAAGGCCGCGAGGAGGAGGCCGAACCGGGCUCUGUUGGAGAACAUCGCUCUGUACCUCACCCACAUGCUGAAGAUCUUUGGGGCCAUAGAAGAGGAAAGCACCCUGGGUUUCCCAGUCGGAGGACCUGGAACCAGCCUGAAUCUCGAGGCCACAGUCAUGCCCUACCUUCAGGUGUUGUCAGAAUUCAGAGAAGGAGUGAGGAAGAUUGCCCGAGAAAAAAAAGUCCCUGAGGUUCUGCAGCUCAGCGAUGCCCUGCGGGAUGAUGUCCUGCCUGAACUUGGGGUACGGUUCGAAGACCAUGAAGGACUGCCGACAGUGGUCAAAUUGGUGGACAGAGAUACCUUAUUAAAAGAGAGAGAAGAAAAGAAAAGGGUUGAAGAAGAGAAGAGGAAGAAGAAAGAGGAGGCCGCCAGGAAAAAACAAGAACAAGAAGCGGCCAAGCUGGCCAAGAUGAAGAUUCCACCCAGUGAGAUGUUCCUGUCAGAAAGUGACAAGUAUUCCAAGUUUGAUGAAAAUGGUCUUCCCACACAUGACACAGAAGGCAAAGAACUGAGCAAAGGACAAACUAAGAAGCUGAAGAAGCUAUUCGAAGUUCAGGAGAAGCUCUACAAAGAGUAUUUGCAGAUGGUUCAGAACGGAAGCUUCCAGUAAAGAGGCACAGGUGGACUUUCUGAACUAAGCCUCCAUGGGCUCAUGGCUUCUCUCUGCCUCUGUGACUGCACCCCAAGGCUCCGGUCAUGUUUACAGUCAUCUUCCAGUCCUCAGUUAAGAAUUGUGUCGUGCAGGUUCAUCAUUGGCUCUG